CUCACUAGCACUGGAUUUAACCAACGAGAAUCAUCUUCGUGCUAUUUUGUAUGGAAUUAAAAUGGAUAUUAUUAUCAAUAUUCCAGUGACGCUUAUUCGCUCAUUUGAAUUCCGGACAACUUGCUAUCUAAUACUUCCUCACAUCAGUCCCAACGCUACUAUCUCAGAAUUGUUUGACCAGAUUGAAAGAGCGAUUCACGGAUCCUCUGCAGUACCUCCUGCUUUCAAAAAUUUCACAUUCGAUGCAUUGAAAAUUCGUCACCAGGCACAUAAAGCCAAGUCUGGAGACUUACUGAUUGAUCUAAAAACGGAACCGGUACAACGAUCGAAUCAAACUCUCAGCUCUUUGGGUAUUGUGAAUGAAUCGGAAAUCGCGGUAUUCAAUCUGGCGGAUUAUAUCGCCCAGCGUGAAAAUCCAAAAUUUUUGUGGUGAUGCCUGUCAACCACCUAAACGUGGAAUUCAUCCGGAAGACUAUGUUUUGCAUCAUACCAACCGCAUAUUCCACUUCGUAUCAUUUAUUUCAAGUGCCUUUUAUAAAUAUCUAACAGCACCCACUUGAACCUUGUUUUUACUUUGUCUCCACUUCAUGCUCCGAAGUAUUUCUGUUUGAUUGCAUUUCGGCUGCUCCAUAACCCUCAUAUCUCACUCAAAAUACCAGUCUGGGUCUAUCAAACACAGAAAAUGAAGGACAAAAUUCAGGAGUUAGUACAACGAAGCGAGCGGAAAGGCAACAGGGUUAUUCUUCGACUACAGAAGGUAAAACCAACAGUGCGUGCGGCAAACGCGGAAAGUUAUUUGUGGAUCACAUUGAUGUAAAUUUUAAUUGUGUUUGCCUUUUGUUUAUCGGACACGAUAUGUUUCUGUUAUUCGAAUUUAGUUCAACCAAUUGAUUUGACAUUUCCGUGACUUGUAUCAGUGCACCAUGAACGUGUUGUUAGCUUCAAAGAUUGACAGUAAUGAUUAUUGCUUAUGUUGU